AUGCUUGACUUUUUCACUAUCCUGACGAAGGGUGGUAUUGUCCUUUGGUCAAAAACAUUUGCUCGAGUUACUACGUAUCCAGUUGAUGAUUUGAUCAAAGAAGUAUUGAUUGAAGAAAGAGCCGGAGCAACUAAUUAUACCAAAAACUCAUAUAAUUUAAAAUGGACUUUUGCUAACGAACUGGACUUAAUUUUUGUGGUAGCAUACCAGAAAAUCCUUCAACUUGCUUACAUCGAAGAACUUUUGGCAACUGUAAAAAAAUUCUUUUGUGACAAAUUUGCAAACUUUAUUCGAGAUACCUCAAGACUUCAUAAAUACGCUUUUGAUGACGACUUUGAUUCAAUUCGAUGUAAUAUUGAAGAGAAAGAUGCUCGGACCAAAAAAUACAAAACAACCACAGAAGGAAAUAAAAAGCUUGAUGUGAAAGAUUUUGAAAAAACUUCACCCAAUUCAAUUAUCAGUGAAGAAGAAAUAACUCGCAAUAUUGAAUCAAUUCGUAGUAAUGGAAAACAUCUUAAAAAUCGUAAUGGUAAAGGUAAAAAAGGCAUCAGAUCUUCUUCAGUUUUAGUUAAUGAUUCUUCUGAUGAUAAAAAACCAAGAAAAAAGAUCAUGCGUGUUUGGGAUGAUAAAUUGAAUAAAGAAGAAAUGGAAGGUCUUGACUAUAGUAAUAAUGCUAAUCAAAAUGACGAUACUGAUGAGUCAGUUAUUCGCCAACAAUUCGUUGACGAAAAUCAAUUAGGUCGAUUCCAAAAUGGGCAUUAUAGUGUACAGGAUUUAGGUCAAGACAAAGGAUCAAGCAUGUUUUCAUUUUUCAAAAAUAUUACUGGUCAAAAAGCGAUUACUGAAGAAGAUUUAGCGCAAGUAUUGGCGAAUAUGAAGGAACAUUUAAUCAAAAAGAAUGUAGCUGCUGAUAUUUCAACUCAUUUAUGUGAAUCAGUUGCAAAGAAUCUUGUAGGCCAAAAGACAGGAAGCUUCAAAACUAUCAGAUCAACAGUGAAACAAGCCAUGGAAGCAUCCUUGAAACGUAUUCUGACACCCAAGACAUCAGUAGAUUUAUUACGUGAUAUUGGACAAUCGCAAGCUGAAUCACGACCUUAUACUAUCUGUUUUGUAGGAGUUAAUGGUGUUGGAAAAUCCACAAAUUUAUCGAAAACAUGUUUUUGGCUGUUACAAAAUGGAUUUAAAGUACUUAUCGCAGCAUGUGACACAUUUAGAUCAGGUGCAGUAGAGCAAUUAAGAGUACAUGUACGAAAUUUGAAUGCAUUGGGACAAAAUUCAGUUGUUGAAUUAUAUGAACGCGGAUACGGAAAAGAUGCUGCUGGAAUAGCCAAAGAUGCCAUCAAUUAUGGUAAAUCAAACAAAUUCGAUGUUGUGUUGAUCGAUACAGCUGGUCGUAUGCAAGACAAUGAACCUUUAAUGCGUGCUUUAUCUAAGUUGGUAUCCGUAAAUAAACCCGAUAAGAUAAUAUUUGUUGGAGAAGCUUUAGUUGGUAACGAGGCAGUUGAUCAACUCACGAAAUUUAAUCAGGCAUUGAAAGAUUUUUCAGGAUUACAAAAUCCGAGACACAUUGAUGGAAUUAUAUUGACUAAAUUUGAUACUAUCGAUGACAAGGUUGGAGCUGCUUUGUCAAUGGCUUAUACAACUGGACAACCCAUAUUAUUUGUGGGAACUGGUCAAACAUAUACAGAUUUAAAAAAUAUGAGAGUUAGUCAUAUUGUACAAUCACUUCUCAAGGAAUAA